CUACACUGCACUGGAACUAUACUUCAUACAACAUGAGGAGUACACAGGAAUGAGGGACAGAUAAAGCUGGAGCGUCAUGUCUAAAGCCACCGUGAAGAAGCUGCACUGGCGCUCCAAGGUCCAGGAGAGCUUCGUGCCUCUCGGAGCCAAUGGGGAGCUGGGGCUGGCUGUGGGGGGCGGAGCCGACUAUGGAGAGUUCCCAUUCGUCACUGCAGCUCCAGGGGGCGCGGCUACGGUGGGCGACAUCAUCCUUGAGAUUGGAGGCACGCCCAUUUUAGGAAUGACCCUGGGCGAUGUCAGAGGGGUCCUGAACACCUGCCCUCAGCCAAUCAGGAUCAAGACUGUGUCGCCAGGUUCGUCUCUGUGUAAAGACUUGAGGCUGUAUCUGAGUAAAUGCUUCACUCCAGGAUCCAUGGACAGCCAGCUCCAGCAAGUCAUACGAGAAAACUUAUAUCUACGGGCCGUGCCAUGUACGACGCGACAACCCCGAGAUGGAGAGAUCUCUGGAGUGGACUAUAACUUUGUGUCCAUAGAGGAGUUUUUUUCACUGGAGGAAUCUGGGGCUUUGCUGGAGAGUGGAAAAUUUAAAGGGAACUACUAUGGUACUCCGAGACCAGUCCACAUUGGCCCAGAGAGUCCCCCCAUCACGUACCAGGAACACAGGAACCUUCUGCGCAACUUCAGAACCAGGAGCAAGUCCCUGUCCAACUUGGAGAAGGCCGGAGAGGAGGACAACAGUGAAGAGGACACCAACAACUCAGGUUCAGCCUUAGCCCCACCCACCACGCUGCCUCUCAGCCAAUCAUGGGAGUCGGCCACAGGAAGUCGAGACAGCUCUGAGGCGGGAGGUCGGAGGAGAGGAGGGGUCCUGGCAGACAACUGGGACGACCCCGACCACUACUUCACUGAUCAUAACUCGAAGAGCAGCAGCUGGUUAGAGCCUCGGAUUCAGAGUAAAGACACUCCUCUGAGUACUGAAUUGCCAGAGUUUGUGGAUCAGCCCAGUCUUCUGAAGGGAUACUCCAUCCACACGCGACUGUCCAAAGGUCCCCGAGGCUUCGGCUUCAACAUCGUGGGGGGGUCGCGGCCCCGAGAGUUUCUGCAGGUCUACAGUGUGACACCAGGGGGCCCACCUGCUCUCAACACAGCUGACAUCCUGGUCUACAUAAAUGACUCAUGUGUUUUGGGGCGGUCCCAUAAAGAGGUGGUUGAGCUCCUAAAGGGGGUCCCGAUGGGCCAAAGUGUGGAUGUGGUCUUGAGGAGAGGGUACCCCAUGCUGUACAACCCAGACGGCUGCCCCAAACAAAGUCUUAAUAUGCCCUCGACCCCCAGUGACCCUUCCAGUUCAUCCAAUCAGAGGCAAGGACACAGUCACCUGACCUACAGCCGCACCAUGGACAAUGGCAGCUCACCAGGCCAAAGUCAGACCACGCCUCCUUUCCUUUCACAGCCAAUCACAAACGGCCUUCCUCCCACGCCCACCUCCUCUGACCUGCCUUUAGCCCCACCCCUUCCAGAUAGAGUAGCCAAUCACAGUGACGGCAGUGACGGAGGUCCUUCCAACGGCGGGACGCGGCGGUCAUCUCUGAUUGGUUACAGCAGCGGCACUCUUCCUGCUCUGUCUUCUUCUUCUCUGCUGCAGCAUCAGAGCUCUAAGUCCUCUGAGAGCGACCUUUCCACCUCCACAUUACCUCUGCGGACCUCAGGCUCAUCCCAGGCCUUGGGUAGAACCUCCAGACCUGACUCUGGACCUCAACCCAUCCUUCAAACCGCCCACACCCCCCCAAAUCAAACACUACCUAAUUUAACCCCCGCCCCGUCCUGUGGGUUCAACGGCUGCCCGGCCAACCACCAUCACCAGGCUGCAGCGGGGUCUCCUGGUGCAGGUCCCGGCUCUGGUUCUGGGGGGGAGCUGGUGCCUGUGGCGGUGGGAGGCUGUGGUGGAGGUGGUCUGGGCUUCAGUGUGACCGCCGGGGACAGUGGGCAGUUAGCCAUGGUCCGAAGAGUCUGGGACAGAAGGAACUGCCCCGGUCUGCAGGCAGGAGACACCAUCGUGAAGAUCAACGGGGCAGAUGUGCAGAGCCUUAACUUUGCUCAGGUUCAGAGAGUUCUCCAGGACCACACCAAACAGGGGGAGGUGGUGCUGCUGGUCUACAGAGCCCCAGGCUCCUCCCACCCUGCCCCUACUGUCACCCCCAACAUCUACAAGCCCCUUCCCCACUCGGACCACAAUUCCCAUGAUGCAGUGGUGCCUCCUCUGAGUCAGGCGGGAGUGGGGCUGGAGUCUCCGCCCUCCACCGCCAACAGCUCCGGUGCGCCCCCUGCUGUGAGUCCUAAUGGACCCGUGGUUCUGAUCCAGAGCACCAGCUUCCUCGACUCGGUACCGGUCACACUGACGCUAGAGCCACGAGAUCUGCAGGGAUUGGACGAGAGCCUGCGAGUGGGCGGGACUAAGGACUCCACAGGGGGCGGGACUAAUGAGAGCAAAGUGGGAGGAGCCAACACACUGGAGGUGGAGCUCAUGCGGCGACCAGGGGAAGGGUUUGGGUUCGUCAUCGCGUCGCAAGAGAACAAGAAUGGAGCUGGCUCGCUCAUGUCCCAUCGCUUCGUCACAGUGCGCAGGGGGAGUCCAGCGGCGCGUAGUGGGCACAUCCAGCCCGGGGACCACCUGGAGGGGGUGGAGGGGCGGCCGGUGGGGGGGCUGCAGCACCGGGACCUGGCUCAGAUCCUCAGGAGAGCAGGCAAUACCCUCCGGCUCACCAUUGCACCACGCCACAAUAGUCCAGCGACAGAGGGGGCAGACUUGGACAUCGAUGGACGUGUCAUCAGGAGCUCCAGAUCCAGAGCAAAGGAGGAGGGUCGGUUCUACAGUGUGGAUCUGGAGCGGGGGCCCACUGGAUUCGGCUUCUCUCUGAGGGGGGGCUCUGAGUACAACAUGGGGCUGUAUGUUCUGGGACUGAUGCAGGGAGGUCCCGCACAGAGGAGCAACAAGAUACAGGUCUCAGAUCAGUUGGUGGAGAUUAAUGGAGACAGUACAGCAGGAAUGACGCACUCUCAGGCUGUGGACCAGAUCAGACGAGGAGGGAACCACAUCCACCUGGUGUUGAAGAGGGGCAACGGAUAUGUGCCGGACUACGGCCCUGAGGAAGGAGCUCUCUCCCCCUCCACCCCCCCACCGCAAGAACCAGACUCCAUCCUGGCCGCCGCCGGUACCACCAUAGAACCAGGAGGAGGAAGAGAGGGAGAGAGGAGUGCUAAGAGGAACCGAGAAGAAACCAGAGCAAAACUAAGGCCCAUUGUCCCAGACUUAGACCUGGACACGGUGGACCAAGAACCCCACCAUAAGAGCCAAAAGCACCGCAAGAGGAGCGAGAAGAACCAGGAGGAGAGGGGGAGAGGCAGCCGGAGUUUACCCAGGAACACAGUGUCGUCCUGGGAUGAAAAGGGUGUGGAGAAGACCCUGGAGGAGGAGGAGAGAAGGAGGACCAGAAGUGUAUCCAGGAACAGAGCACCAUCCUUGGAUAGAAGUUUAACAGAAGAGGGUCGAUGGAAGAACCAGGAGGAAGAGGAGGAGGGGAGGAGUAUCCGGAGUGCGCCCAGAAAUAGAACAACCUCCUGGGGUGCAUCUAUAGCGGAAGAGAGCGUGGUUCCAGCGGUCUCGGAAAAGAAGCGUCGAAGCAAGCGCAAAGAGGCGGCCGUUUUGAAAGACAGCGUUAAAACGGUGAAGGAUCGCGAGUCAAAGCGAACCUCCGAACCCUUUUCCUUCCUGAUGCCGCGUGAUGAAGAACUGCUUUCCGACAGCGAAUCAGCGGCCAGCUUCUCCGAGGUCAGCCAGUCCGCCGCCAGUAUCGCGUGGAGGGAGGAUUCAGAUUGGAGGAGGGAGGAUUCUUAUUGGAGGAGGGAGGAUUCUGAUUGGAGGAGAGCGGAUUCGAACUCGCCGCCGGGUCGAUGGCUCAAGCCCAGCCCCCAAAAACUGACCCAGGUUCUGAUUGGCUCGCGGCUACAUGGGCAGAGCCUGGUGGGAGGGCUCUCACUCUGAGCUUUUAUAAAGACUACAUAAAGGGCUCAUGUUUUUGUUUUUUACUCUUCAGCUUUGGCUGCGCUGGACUGUUCAAUAGCAGCUCACUUUAACUCAUCGGAGGGUCUGGACUCGGGCUCAGAGGUUUAAAGUGGAACUCAGUAACUUAUUUUUAUUUUAUUUUUAUUUUGGUUUUCCCCCAUUUUAACAGCUGAUUGCGUAACUGUAAUUUGCCACUUUGGUGCACUGCUUAACAUUUCUACUGAAGGGUUCGCCACCUGCUUGUCUCCAUGGAAAUAUUAUUGCUUUGUCUAGAAUGUUCCACAGUAUGCUGCCCUACAAACUCAAAGACCUUAACUCGCCAGAGUGUGAAACUGAGAAAAAUGACUUCAAAGUUUCUGUUUUGUCUAGACAAAAGUAUAAUAGGAAGGGCUCCCAUAAUUUGACAAUUAGUUGCUAUAAUGAAGAAAUAUUUGUAUGAGAAAAAUCUUAAACUUAAAACUGACCUUUGACUCUUAUUUGUCAGUUCCUGUAUCAUGAGCCAAAAAUAAGGAGUCGUGCUAAGGCAAAAGGCAGAAACUAUAACAUGAUCAUUAUUUGCUUGAUUUUCCCCAGACUUCCAUCCAUUAUACGAACACCUCACCAAGUUCGAGUCAUCAUGGGGUUUGUUUGAAAUGAUACAAAAGUGCUUUGGAUUUCCUGUUUAGUGCUGAUCAGGAACAUGCAAUGACACUUACACAGUUAAACAGUUUGACAGACAAGUGACUUUGCAGCAUACUAUAAAUAAAUACACAAAAUACUUUCACAUUAAAGAUAAUUUAAUUGAAUAAAUAAUAAUUGAAUACAAAGGUAUAUUUACUUACAGUGUUAAGACCCUGUGACAAGACCACAACAAAAAGAAGGAGGGGAGAGGUUGGAUAUUAAAAUAAAAUAUACAGUAUUUAUGAACUAAAUCACAAACAAAACAUACACUGUUACUGCCUUUUUUCCUUUGCACGACUCCUUAUUUUUGGCUCUUGAUACAAAGACAAAGUACAGUAAUUGACAAAUAAGGGUCAAAGGUUAAUUUCAAGCUCAAUAUUUUUCACAAUAUUUAUUCAUUAUGAUAAAUGAGGUCUCAAAUACCCCCAAAAUGACAUUAAAUAAUUUUUGACAAAACAUGAUGUUACAGAGUUUUGCCUUUUUAGGGUAGAAUAGACCACACCUAUCCUGAUACAAGCUGGUUUCAGCACUACGCUACAUUACAAGUCAGAUCUGUGGAGAGUCGUCUCUAUUCACAGAGGUAAUUAUUGUAUUUUCGAGCAAUAGAAACACCGGUAAUGAAGAAAUA